GAGCGGGGUGAUACUGAAGACUCCCCGGGAUAGUGCGAGAGUUUCCGCUGAUCGGACAGCAGUCUUAUUAGAGAGUCGUGGAGGAACAAGCUAAAAGAGGGCUACCCGUUUAUUUUAAAGAGGGAAACUAGCCGCUAUGAUCUGAAAAAACGACUCACCGACAAGUCUGUAAAGCUGGACACAGAGCCUCAAAGGAACAUUUAAUUCAUUCAUUCAACAGCAGGAAGAAAAAGAUGGAAGUUGAAUGUCUGUCACUGAAAGACCUCACAAGUCCCAGGAAGAAAAGUUUCCCCCUGGAGGAGGAGGAUGGUGGCCAAAGUGAACAAAAGGAAAACAUCUGCACCGACAGGAGGAGAUCCACGCCCCUUAAAUCCGCAGAGUCCCCGGUCCCUUCUUUCCUGAUCAUCCGCAAAGGUGCCACCCCCGACCUGGCCCACAUCACCCCCAUCAAACACACGGUGCUGGCUGAGCCGUGGACGCCCACCGCCAACCUGAAGAUGCUGAUCAGUGCGGCGAGCCCGGACAUCCGGGACAGAGAGAUGAAGAAGGUGCUGUUCAGACCCAUAGAGAACGAGAAGGAAAAGCCUGCGAGUCCGGAGGCGGCGGUGGAGGACGCAGAGGUCGAAGACUCUUGUCAGUUCGAGGCUGCGGAGGAAGAGGACGAUGCAGACAAAAAGCCGAGCAGGAAGCAGAAGAGUCUGGGUCUGCUCUGCCAGAAGUUUCUGGCCCUCUACCCCGAUUACCCUCCACAACACACCCCCAUCUGGAUCUCACUGGAUGAGGUGGCCACCAGUCUCGGAGUGGAGCGGCGGCGGAUCUAUGACAUCGUCAACGUCCUCGAGUCGCUCAUGAUCGUGGGACGGAUUGCCAAGAACAGCUACACGUGGCACGGCCGGCAGCGGCUCGAGGCGACGCUGGAGGACCUGCAGCGGAGGGGCCGGCAGCAGGGGUACCACCUCCAGAUGGAGCUGUCUGCUGAGGCCAGGGAGGCGGGGCAGGGAUGUGAGGACGACGGAGCAGAAGGAGACGCCGGCAAUGCGGGAGCCAACAGGAAAGACAAAUCUCUGCGCAUCAUGAGCCAGAAAUUCGUCAUGCUGUUCCUCGUGUCUAAAACUCAGACCGUCACUCUGGACACGGCGGCCAAGAUCCUCAUCGAGGAGAGUCAGGACUCGUCGAGUCACAGCAAGUAUAAAACUAAAGUGCGGCGACUGUACGACAUCGCUAACGUGCUGACCAGCCUGGGCCUCAUAAAGAAAGUCCACGUCCGAGAGGAGCGGGGGAGGAAGCCGGCCUUCAAGUGGCUCGGCCCUGUGGAGUUUCAAAACUCUGGGAACGCUGUCACUCUGCCCGGGGUCACACAGCCAAUAACAAGGGAGGACAUCAUAAACCUAAAGAUGUCCCGCCACGCUUCUUUCAACAUCGCACCGACCUCCGUGGGCGUCCAGCGGCAGGUCAGCUCUGCGCCCAGCACGCCACGAAGAGAACCAACAGGUCUGUUGAACCAGCCUGUGGAUUAUUCCAUAAAGACUUCAAGCAGCAACGCAGUGCACAGACUGAAGUUUGAAAACAUCACCGAGAUCCGUCCUACUGCAGCUCAGCAGACCCCCGCCUGCAGCAGCACUCUACCUCCGUCCACCACCCACCGCACUCUGCUGGCCCCCUCCCCCCACCCAGAGCACCUCUUCACAAACUCCGCCUCCCCCCACUGCUUGGCCUACCUGCCCAGCCUGUCCCAGCCCUCGGUGGUCAUGCUGUACAGAACGCCAGAGCAGCCCGAGGUUCAGAGGUCGUCUGGGUCGGAGCCUGAGGAGGGGAGGAAGCGGAGGAGGGAGGAAGGGGAGGAGGAAGAGGAGGUGGUGUCGAAAAAGAAGGGAACGUCUGGGUUAGAGGAAUGUGACAAGGCGAGGGAACGAGCAGAGGUCAGCUCCAGGACUUCUCCUGAUCGUCCUGCAGGUCUCUCCAGAGAGCAGGCGCUCAACGACAUCUCUUAUGGUAGCAGCAACGCGCCGGCCCAGCCGUCCCACUACCUCUAUGUACCCAACAAUGCAGGUCUGAACGGCUUCAACUUCCUCCUCUCCGCUGGCCAAUCACCAGCCGGCCUCACGCUUCCUCCCAGCAGUGUUCCCACCCUGCCCAUCCCGUACAUCCUGGUGCCCUCCUCUGCCAUCCCCCACCAUCACCACUACCCCCUGGUCGCCAGCAGUCUGCAGCAGCAGGGCUCCGACCCCCACAACAAACUGAGCUUCAGCCUCCCUGCCGUCAUGUCAAACGCACACUUCAUGGUCGGGACGGCGCCGUUCGGCCUCACGGCAGCUUCAGACGUCGGCAGGUCGCCGGUUCCGUCGCCGUCCACCCCGGAGCAGAGCAGGAUGUACGGGUCAGCUACGGGGGCUUCACAUUCCCCCUCAGGAUCAUGGCAGACCGUCAGCGUCAACACACCUGAACCACUGACCCCUCAUACUCCAAAGGAAACCACGCCGUCUGCUUCCAAGGCUUUCUUCCAGACCCCGGGCACUCUGGGAAGUGUAGUCAGCGCGGUGCCAGCUGCUCGAAAAAGAGGCUCCGCUCAGAGGAGACUGGACGUGGGCCACCCUCCCCCCACCUGUUAGGACAUGAUGGGUGGGAGAUGCAUUAAGCUGUUUAAACUCUCAGGUGUUCAUCCUGAAAGUGAACAACAUGGUUUAAAACCACUGGUGCUCUGUGAGGUCGUCAAUUCAUAAAUUAAGGAUGUUUUUCCAAAUUUUAGUCCAGGGAGAUUUACUCAGACCUAAACUCGUAUUCCCUGAAGAUAUGAAACAGUUUUUGAAACCACAUUUCAAGCAUCUAAACUCGUAGAUGAAGCCGUUUUGUGUUCUUGUUCUUUGUGUUAACAGUUCAAAGUGCCUCAUGGUUCAAUUAUGGGACACUAGAUUUCAGAGCCAGCAACUGAAGCAGUAUUGCCAAUGUGACAGUGCCCUCCUGUGGUGGGAGUCGGCCACUGCUCUAUUUUUUUAUUUUGUACAUCAGCCUUAAUUCUCCCCCCCUGAACAUGAUGAGGCUACCUAAUCCCCCCCAUCACACAUGUAUUAUAGCCCAAACGCUAUUUAUAUUAAGAUAAUAUAUGUCGAUUACAGGUACUGUAAUGAAACAUUGUUUUAGCACUAAGUAUUUGACGAACAUUUGUCUAAUAUUGACGUGAUUGAGUGAGAAGUUUGCCCCCCUUUUUCUUUUUAACUGUUAAGGUAUAAUAGGAAAUCUAUUAGCUGCUGAUCACUGAUUUUCCCCGAGGUUAGCGGAGCAUCCUCUCGACUCAUUUCAGAAGUCACUGGAAGGAGAAUAAUCACUAAAGCCUUAAUGUUUACAGCCAUCGUGGUAUCUGAACAGACAAACAGUUCCUGGACUUUUUGAUGCACAGACACGACUGAGAGGGGAUGUGAUGGGAUGAUGCUCUCAGGUACUUGAAUAUUUGUGACUAGACGUGGGUUUUGUUGAAGUAUCAUAGUACUGUAAUGAUCAAAAGAGAUCGUCUAUAUUUUUAACCCCUGAAUUGUCUUAUUUCUGCAUAUUUUGGGGUCGUAAAGUCUGAAAGAAUCGCUCCACUUAGCAUAUGUGGAAAAAAGGGGGCUACAUUAUCUUUGAUGUAACCCUCAGGAGCUAAUGCACCAGGUGAUUGUACGUCGAGUAAAAGCACAUUUCUUUAUUUACUGACCGGCUCAGAUUGUUGUUGUCUCUUUUCUUCCUUAAUUACAGAAAUAAUCUCUGCAGAAACACCUUUUGUGUCAGACGCUGUGUUAAAACGCCUCUCUCCAAAGCAACCAGACUCCACUGAUAAACAAAUUUAUUUACGAAGUUACAUGUUUGUGUUGAAUGAGAAGAUUGUGUGGAUCCUGACCAACUCAAACAACUUCAAAUAAAUACCAGAUUACUUCAGCGAUCGACGAGCACAUCUUUGUGUUCUGCGAGGUUCAAUUCAUGCAUUUGUUGAUGGAGUUUGGCGGCUUUGAAGAGAUCGACAUAAAGGCUGUUUCCAAAGAAGAUCUUAUUAUUUGUUUCUUUAAGAAGCUUUCUGUAAGGUUGUUAGAGUUUGUAAGAAACAAUCUGAGCCUGUCAGUGUCAUAAACAACAUUUUAAAAUCAACAUACUUUGAUCAGUUGAAUUAGCUUUGAUUUUAUUCAGAGGGCAGCAUUACAGCCUGUUCCCUCACUGACUAAGUGACCGAACGGAGCAAAUCCAAGACUUUAACUUGAACACCAAGGAGUCAUUUACAUCCCCCAUAUAAAGCCCUGGGACUCCCCUUUUAAUUAGUCAUGGGUGCAGAGACUGAGGUUAAGGCUUUUGCAGUCAGGUGUUAACGUGCCUUACUUAAAGGCACCUUUCUGAGUCGUCAACAUCUGCAAGGUUUUGUUAAACAGACUUUCCUCUGGACAAAAUACUGGUGCUUUUUUUUUUUUUUUUUAACUAAUCAUUCAGGAGCUACGUCACACCAAAGGGUGCACAGAUAAUCCACUGUGAUCAGUGGACGCGUCAUGUACAGUUUGAUGUCUGUAAUUAUUUUGUACAUUGUAUUCAUAGUGUCAUUUAUACUUUACACAUGCACAAUGUUACUGUUUCUUUUUAAAUAAUGAUUCUUGCACUGCUAGUUUUAGUAGGCGUGUCCAAACCUCUGAGCCGUUCUUUCCCUGAACUUCUGUCCACUCUGUAGUUAUAGCCACCAACCGGUUCUCUUUUGUAAAACUGUCACAAACUUUUAUUAAAAAUGCUUGAUGCUUA